CUAUACAUGUCUCUUUCAUCUUCGGUUCCAGUGAUGCCUUCGACUCAACAGGCCUCUUCUAACUCAAAGCGACGCUCUGCAAAUUUUGCUCAUAGCAUUUGGCAUGAUACUUUCUUGAAAUAUGCUGAUUCCGAAUUUUCGGGAGUCAACGAUACUGUGAAACAAGAAGUUCAAAUGCAUAAAAAAAAGGUGAAGAUGUAUUUGUCUUCUAACGAUAAUAAUAUCUUACAAAAAUUAUGUUUAAUCGACUCAAUUCAACGUUUGAGUAUAGCUUAUCAUUUUGAACGUGAAAUCGACGAAAUAUUAGCCCAAAUCCACAAUGAUUUUAUCAACAAUAAUGGUUUUGCUAUAGAGGAGCGUGACCUUCACUUUAUUGCAUUACUUUUUCGUUUAUUCCGACAAAAAGGAUAUUACAUUUCAUCAGAUGUUUUCAACAAAUUCAAGAAUAGGAGGGGAGAAUUCGAUGAAAUAACUCUUGUUCAAGAUGUUGAAGGAAUGUGGAGCUUGUAUGAGGCUGCACAGUUAAGAGUUCAUGGAGAAGAUAUAUUAGAGAAAGCACAUGAAUUCACAUACAAUAAACUUAAGUCCAUUACCAAUCAAUUGAGUCCAUCUCUUGCUAACCAAGUCAAUCAAAGUUUACAACAACCUCUUCACAAGGCAAUUCCAAGAAUGAAGGCAAGGUCAUAUAUGUCUUUUUACGAAGAAAAUCCUUCGUGUGACAAGGUUGAUCUUCUAAGCUUCGCAAAAUUGGAUUUCAACAUGGUACAAAAAUUAUAUAAAAAAGAAAUUGGUAGCAACACCAAGUGGUGGAGAGAAUUAGAUUUUGCAACAAAGGUUCCUUAUGCAAGAGAUAGGGCAGUUGAAGGAUUCUUUUGGCCUUUUGCUACGAACUCUGAGCCUAAAUAUAGCACUGCAAGACAAAUGAUAACCAAAUUGGCUAUAUGUAUCUCUCUUGUGGAUGAUACUUUUGAUGUUUAUGGUACAGUUGAAGAACUUGAACUCUUCACCAAAGCAAUCCAAAGAUGGGAUAUUCGAUGCAUUGAGUCUCUUCCGGAUUGCUUUAAAGUUAUUUUUAGUGCAAUUAUGGAAUGCUGGAUGGAAAUAGAGGUUUUCAUGAAUGAUGUGGGUGGAGACUCAAACUUAGUGUUGCAACAUGUUAAACAGGCUUUUUCUAAUAUAGUACAAGCUUACAUGGUUGAAGCAAAAUGGUGCCAUGAGGACUACAUUCCAACAUAUGAUGAGUACAUGAUUAACGGAAUUCUCACUUCAGGAAGCCCAUGGUUCACAACAGUGUUCAUUGCUCUUGGAGAAUUUGCAUCCAAAGAAAUGUUUGAUUGGAUUUCUAAUAUUCCCUUCAUCUUAAAAGCCGCAUCAUUUGCUGGCAGACUAAUAAAUGAUUUGUCCUCACAUAAGUUUGAACAACAAAGAAAACAUGUUGCUUCCGCAGUAGAAAGUUGCAUGAAGCAAUAUGACUUUUCAGAAGAGGAGGUCUAUGAAUUCAUCAAAAAGGAUAUCAAUGAUUCUUGGAAGGAUAUGAACGAAGAGUAUCUCAAGUUAAGUGAGGAAAUCCCAAGACCCAUCCUUGAUUGCAUUGUUAACUUGGCACGCAUAUGUGAGUUUAUAUAUGCAAACUUUGAAGAUAAAUACACCAACUGUGAACUUCUGAACGAUCACAUCAUGGCACUGCUUUUGGACCCCAUCGUCGUGUAGCAGUUUCCUCAAGAAAUAAAUUGUUUAACAUUUGUUCUAAAUAAAUAACUCUAACAAAUUUUAUUAUAAUAUAAUUAAGAAACUGAGACUAAAAUCUUUUAUGUCUCAUUCUCAUCGUAUUGCGUCCAUUGUGUACG